CCGAGCAUUGCAUCGACUCCAAGAUGGCGAAAACACGUCUGGCUUGCCUCCUGACUCUCCUCUCAACUCACUGCUACUUCAACGUGCUGGCGGUGGUGCUGAAAACAAACAACAACUCACCGUGGACCGACGAGUUUGACAAAAUUGAGUUAUCAUGUUUGAUCGAAUCCAUCUCCACAAACAAUCCCAGAAUCGAAUGGAAGAAGAUAAAAAACGGGGGGCCGAGUUAUGUGUACUUUAACCAGAAGGUCUCAGGUGACUUGGAGAACAGAGCGAUGAUCAGGGAACCGGCCACACUAGUCAUAACCAACGCCACAAGAUCAGAUACAGCCAAAUACCGCUGUGAGGUCACAGCCGCUAAUGACCAGAAGACCUUUGAUGAGAUUACAAUUGACCUUGUUGUAAGAGUAAAGCCAGUGGUGCCAAAAUGCAGCGUCCCCAAAUCAGUGCCUUUUGGGAAGUCGGCUGAGCUGAGCUGCGUGGAGGACGAGGGCUUCCCCAAGUCUCAGUACCAGUGGUUCAAGAACAGAGAGGAGAUCCCUGAAGACCCAAAGAGCAGCCUCAAGUUCUUCAAUUCCUCCUACACGCUCAACUCAGAAUCAGGAACGCUGAGGUUCGUCGCGGUCAGAAAAGAAGACGCAGGCAAUUAUUUCUGUCGAGCAAAGAAUGACGCAGGAUACGCUGAGUGUCCACCUCAGAAGAUGGAAGUCUAUGAUAUCGACAUAGUGGGGAUCGUACUGGGAGUGCUGGUGGUGGUCGUAGUGCUUUUAUGUAUAACAGUGGGGAUCUGCUGUGCGUACAAGCGAGGUUACUUCUCCACCCAGAAACAGACGGGGAACAAUUACAAAGUUCCAGCUAAAGGAGAUGGAGUGGACUACGUCAGGACGGAGGACGAGGGCGAUUUCCGACACAAGUCUUCCUUCGUGAUCUGAAAAGGUAGAAGAGGACGAUGUGGGCAUCGUGCCGAGUAAGAGACAUGAGACGCAGGACUGCACUCCAACGCUGUCUGACCACGGAGCGGUCGCAGCUCAUGCUCACAGCUCUCAUCACGAGUGACAUCCAGCUACUCAAAGUUUGCCAAAGGUGACAAAGAUAACACAGGACUACAGUAUGUACAAACUUCUCUCACAUCGCCUACGGACUGAAAAAACAAACAUUCGUCGACUUUUAUCACCACCUACGAAUUCUUUUGCUAAAUUAUGGAGUUGUUACUUUACAGUUACUUGCAUGGUUUUAAAAAAACAAAACAAAUGAAGGAGUGGAGGUGGAGGAA